AUGACGACAUUGCUCCCCAAAAAGAAUUACGCGCCAUGGCUGAAACCCUACAUUGACCUGAAUACAGAAUUGAGACAGCAGUCGCACAAUGAGUUUGACAAGAAUUUCUUCAAACUGAUGAAUAAUUCGGUCUUCGGCAAAAACAUUGAAAAUGUGAGGAAACAGAGGGAUGUGAAGUUGGUCACAAGAUGGGAGGAUAGAUAUGGAGCAAAAGUCCUCAGUGCCCAACCCAACUUCCACAGCUGCACCAUUUUCAGUGAUGAUUUGGUGAUUAUUCAGCUGAAUCGCACCAAAAUGUACUUCAACAAAUCCAUUUACGCUGGUUUCUCAAUUCUCGAUUUAUCCAAAACAUUCAUCUAUGAAUUCCAUUAUGAGUAUGUUAAGCAAGUAUACAGAGAUAGUGCUAAGCUCAUGUACACAGACAGACUUCUCUAUGAGUUCAGAGUGCCCGAUAUUUAUAAAUGUAUGAAACGUGACAUUGCCAAAUUCGACACAUUAGAUUAUCCGAAAAACAAUGUAUAUGCAAUGCCACUUGUUAAUAAGAAAGUAUUAGGACUCAUGAAAGAUGAGUGCAAUGGACAAGUUAUGAGUGAGUUUAUUGGUUUGCGAGCAAAAUUGUACACAUUCACAAUUCAUGGUGAUGAGAGGACAAAAAAGCGUGCUAAGAGAGUGAGAAGCUCUACCUUGAAGAGAAUCACUUUCGAAGAUUACAAAGACUGUCUGAUGAAUCAUGAGACUUUUGUUAAAUCACAGUAUUUAAUUAAGAGCCAUAAGCACACUGUACAUACAGUACAUCAGAAAAAAUUAGCGUUAAGUUGGGAUGAUGAUAAGAGGAUACUUUGUACAAAUUUCACUGACACUGUACCAUACGGCUAUUGUAAAUAA